AUGCACAAUGAUGCUGAAGAUUUGGGGUUCCGAGGAGAAGAAGUCACCGAAGACUGUGAACCGACCAUCUACUUCCACAACAUCUUUCAGGAAUGCCUUUUCGUAUUGACUGCGACCAUGGCCGUAGGCCAAACAUCAUUCUUUACAGGUCUAGUCACAGUAAUCACGGCGUCUAUUGGGCAUGAACUCGAUAUGAGCUCGACCGAAAUUACUUGGAUCAGUGCCGGAAUGGCGCUUACCAGUGGAGCGUUUCUCCUACCCUGUGGAAAAAUUGCCGAUGUCUUUGGUCGAAAGAGAAUAUUUACGACAGCCUUGGCCGGGUUUUCGGCAGCAUUAUUAGUCUCUGGCUUUGCGAAAUCCCCAGUCUUUAUGGACAUAUUUUCGGGUAUUUUAGGUUUAUUUGCUGCAGUCGCAGUACCUCCAGCGGUUGGAACUUUGGGAACCAUUUAUGAAAAGCCUUCUAAAAGGAAGAACCGAGCGUUUGCGUGCUUCAGCGCUGGAAAUCCUCUUGGAUUCGUGGGGGGAAUGCUCAUCUCGGGUAUUGCUGCUGAAGUUGCCAAUUGGAGAGUAUCAUUCUGGACCUUGUCUGUUCUGUAUGCUGCUUUCACCGUCCUCGCAAUAUGGACAAUGCCUGGUGACCCCAUUCUCGUCCAUUUGUCGCUAGGGAAUUUUUGGAAAAGAUGUGAUCCUCUCGGCAUGCUCCUUUCUGUGACUGGAAUUGCAUUUCUAUCAGCAUCAUUAUCCAGUUUGGCGGGAGACGCACCACGUGGCUGGAGAGAACCCUACGUCCUAAGCCUUCUCAUUCUAGGCAUCGCUCUCAUCUCUAUUUUUCUGUGGUGGCAGUCCAUUUACUCUAUACCUCUAAUGCCUUUACACGUGUGGAAAAAUCGAACUUUCUCCUUAGCAAGCACACCCUCUGCCCUAACUGCCUGUGGCCUUGUGGCAACUUUGUCACUUGGAUACACUGGAUUUGCCGCCUCUCAAUUUUGGAUGGCUUUGUAUAUGCAGAGAGUUCAGAAGCUUUCCUCACUCGAGAUUACAGUUCGACUGUUACCAUUGGCCAUCAAUGGUCUUUUUGUCAACGUCAUAUGCGGACUGAUAUUACACAAAGUUAGCAGCAAGCUAUUGAUGAUCAUUGCCUCCUUGGCUUACACGACAUCUUUUCUCAUUAUGAGUUUCACGGACGAUAAUAGCUCUUACUGGGGCUUUUACUUCCCCCCAUGGUUUUAA